CUUGUGCUUUGACACGUCAUCUGUAGGUGCCGGACACAUUUAGACGUCGCACACGACGCACUUCCUGGUUCUUCUGUGUUGAUGUUCGCCGAUGUAAACUGUUCAAAGUCAAACGUCUUUCUGAUUUAGCAUGCUGUCAUCAUUACCAGAUUUGCUGAGGGCACUGCGGGUUUGAUACCCACUGUUCCAACAUGGAGCACUCAGAUUUUAUGACGCACACGAACGGGCGACAGAGGAAGAUGGCGGGUGCCACCCUCCCCUCUGAAAACAUGACGGACAUGGGCAGGGGAGAGAUGAGCUCCUCUGAACCAGAGGUAGAAGAGGAAGCGGAGGGUCUUAUCAGAGGGUCCGACUCUGAGGACAGGAGGCACAGAGUCCGGCCUGGGAUCCGUGGCGAGUUGGGGAACGUGUUGCUUCUUCUCUUCCUGUACGUGCUGCAAGGGAUUCCUCUGGGACUGGCUGGUAGCAUCCCUCUGAUUUUACAAAGUAAGAGUGUCAGCUACAAAGACCAAGCCUUCUUCAGCUUUGUCUUCUGGCCAUUUAGUCUCAAGCUUCUGUGGGCGCCACUGGUGGACGCUCUCUACUUCAGCAGGUUUGGUAGAAGAAAGUCAUGGCUGGUGCCCACGCAGUACCUGCUGGGCCUCUUCAUGAUCUACCUUUCUAUGACCGUCAAUUCACUCCUGCAGAGUGAGGGAGGACCCAAGGUGGUAAUGCUCACCGCAGUCUUCUUUAUGCUUGCCUUCCUGGCAGCCACACAGGACAUAGCUGUGGAUGGCUGGGCCCUCACUAUGUUAUCCCGAGAGAAUGUGGGAUAUGCUUCUACAUGCAACUCUGUCGGCCAAACCGCCGGAUACUUCUUAGGGAAUGUGCUCUUCCUGGCUCUGGAGUCUGCAGACUUCUGCAACAAAUAUCUCAGAGUAGAGCCCAAGGACACCGGCAUCGUCACCUUGGCAGACUUCUUGUUUUUCUGGGGAAUAGUGUUCCUGAUUUCCACCACGUUGGUAGCCAUCAUUAAAAAGGAAAAUGAGCACGGCAAUGGAAAGAGGAAAGUGCAGGAGGAGACGCAGGGUGUCAUGGAAACCUACAAGCUGCUGUUCUCUAUCAUCAAGAUGCCCACAGUCUUCACCUUCUGUGCCUUGCUUCUCACGGCUAAAAUUGGCUUCUCUGCAGCAGACGCAGUGACGGGUCUGAAGCUGGUGGAGGCUGGAGUUCCCAAGGAGCAGCUGGCAUUGCUGGCAGUGCCCAUGGUGCCUCUGCAGAUCCUACUUCCUGUGAUCAUCAGUAAAUACACUGCAGGGCCCCGACCUCUGGAUAUCUUCUACAAGGCCUUCCCUUUUAGGUUGCUCAUAGGACUGGAGUACGCUCUGCUGGUGUGGUGGACUCCCAGCGUAAAACAAGAAGGAGGGUUUCCUGUGUACUACUACGCCUUAGUGCUGCUUAGCUACGCGUUGCAUCAGGUGGCGUUGUACAGUAUGUACGUGGCCUGCAUGGCCUUCCAUGCCAAAGUGAGUGACCCCCUCAUCGGCGGGACCUACAUGACGCUGCUGAACACGGUCACUAACCUCGGUGGGAACUGGCCCUCCACUGUGGCUCUGUGGAUGGUGGAUCCCCUCACCUCUAAGGAGUGUCAGGGGGCGGUCGGGCAGAGCUGUGGCUCUCCAGAGGAGGCCGGGCUGUGCGUCAAGGAGGGCGGCGUUUGCGUGACUACAUUAGACGGCUACUACGUGGAGUCGGUGGUGUGUGUCGUCAUUGGUUUAGCCUGGUGGGUGUGGUUAGGGAAGAAGAUGAGGCGGCUGCAGGAACAGAGCCCCGCUGCAUGGAGGUGCAGAGCUGUUACGGGAUGACACUCAUCAGUUCCACUGACUCUUUUUUUUUUUCUUGCACUUUUGCAUACACUGCUCCAAAAACAGCCGAAUGGUGAACAUCCUGUUGUUCCUCAUCCACCUGGUUUACUCUCCGCUGUAGCUGCUCAUUCAGAAAACACUUUCACUCUGUGUCAUCUUAAAGUGCAUUCAUGUGAUGAAAGACGCCAUGUUCUCUCCGGAGGUCAACAUCCUGCUCAUCAUUAGAACAGUGAAACAAGCAGACUAGCUGAGGACUUUUUAUUUGUUGUUCUGAAACCUCAUUCUGCUGCUCAGCCUUACCAAACGAGAGUCAAAGAGUAUGUUCAGAUGCAUAUCGGGGUUUGUUUUUACCUGCUUGGACAGCCAAUAACUUCUUGAAAUUUGAGCCCCUCCACAUAGAACAAUCUUCUAAAUGGACAUUAGUGAACCCGGCACUCCAGACUCUCGUUAACCUUCAUCAUUAAUCUAAAUCUAAAGGGAAGUCUGUCCAUCUGUCCUGAUGCUGGUUAAUCCAAGUAAAUUAAACCCAGUGUGACGAUCUGUCAUUGCUGUUUGACUCAGAUCUGAACCAAUGUUGUUUUUUAAUUAUUAUUUAAAUAUAUGUUUUCCUUUUUAAGUGAUUUGUGCCUUGUCUUUCAGAGCCAGUUAAGUUUGAGUUAAUAAUCAAGGCAUUGUGUAACUGUUGUCUGUAAGAAUGUUUGGUUUUAAACACAUGACUGAUUUUAUUCUGCUUUUUUUUGUUUGUUUACAAACUACAUGAUGCUGAGCACACAUUCCUGAAGCAGAAUUACAUUAUGACCAACAUCACUAAUAGUUAAAGGAGCUGAGACGUCUAAAAUAUCUUCUAUUUUUCCAAACUUUCCUUAAAUCUGAUCAGUUUGACCUUUUUAUUAUUGGACCAAUUCAAAUCUGUAAAGUGAUAUUAGACAAGAGAAACAUGCAUAUGUCUUUUUAAACCAGGCCCGUGUCCGUUUUCAUAGAUGCAUUAUCAUUGAGACAAAGGUCAACAUGCUGUACACCAUCAAGUGGAGCUUUGCAGUGUAGACCGAGGAUCUACCACCAGCCUACAAGUAUGUAGAUAAAUACAUAGAGAAUUUCUUGCCCCCAAAACCCCCCCCCGGACCAGCAGCCUCUGGAAGAAACUUGAUACGCAGAUGCUGUUUAUGUUUUGCAUAUUUGUACAUAGAACUGAAUGUUACAGUAUUUUCUCUAAAGCCAGCAUUUUAAAUCCAACAAUGUCGAGUGUGAAUGUUAAUCAGGGUUCACGGGGGGGGGGGGUUAAUGCUGACUUUGAACUACACGUGAAAAGGUCAAACAUUUCCAGAUUACGAUGGCACGUCCUUUUUAAAACAUGUUUGGCCAGUGGUUCCUCUGAAAUGCACAAAGGUCAAACUCUACUCUGUACAUCGGUCACUUCAUACUGCGCGACUGCGUUGAUGCUGAUUGGUUCUUUACUUGUUCAUGAGCCUUUGUGCCACUGACGGGGCACUAUGUUUGAUCUUCUUUGACCAAUACAUUAUUAGAUAGACUGUGAAUCUUGAUUUCUGCUAAAUUGAUCUUUCAACUGCAGAACAUUCAGUUUUAAUUGAUGUCACAACGUUACCUCAUGUUUUUCUUUGCACAACUUUUGUUUGAGUUCAAAAUCCUUCGUCAUAAAAGGAAAAGGAAUGACAGGGUGACAACAUAGUGAGACAUGUUCUGAGCAUCAUUCUUAAGAUGCAAUGAGAUUUGAAACAUCUUGUAUGUAAUUAAAAACAAAUGCACACGU